CCAGCCAGCUAGCCAUGCCGGCCAUGGCGGAUUGCGCGGCCGAGCCGCCGUUGGCAGACAGCUACCACGCGCUGCUCCGCCUCGGCGUGGACGGCGACGUCGUCGUAGGCCAGCGCGAGGAGGCGUGCGCAAAAGUGACGACGACGCCGUGCGAUGAGGGGCUAACGACGGCGCAGCCCGUGGCGGAGUGCGAGCUCCCGAUGAUCGACGUCGGCUGCCUGACCGGCGCCGGGGGCAAGCAAGUGAACGCCGAGGAGGAGAGGGCGGCCUGCGCGGCGGCCAUCGCGGCGGCGGCGGCGGAGUGGGGGUUCUUCCAGGUGGUCAACCACGGCGUCGGGCAGGAGCUCCUGGAGGCGAUGCGCCGGGAGCAGGCGCGGCUGUUCCGCCUCCCGUUCGAGGCCAAGGCCAAGGCCGGCCUGCUCAACGACUCCUACCGCUGGGGCACCCCCACCGCCACGUCGCUCCGCCAGCUCUCCUGGUCGGAGGCCUUCCACGUCCCGCUCGCCGGCAUCUCCGGCAAAGGCUGCAACUACGGCGAGCUCACCACCCUCAGGGACGUGACGCGGGAGGUGGCGGACGCGAUGUCGACGCUGGCCGGGACGCUGGCGCGCGUGCUGGCCGAGAGCCUUCUAGGCCACCCCGCCGGCGAGCGCUUCCCGGAGGGGUGCGACGACGCGACGUGCUUCCUCCGGCUGAACCGCUACCCGCCGUGCCCCUUCUUCCCCGACGACGCCUUCGGCCUGGUCCCGCACACCGACAGCGACUUCCUCACCGUGCUCUGCCAGGACCACGUCGGCGGCCUGCAGCUCAUGAAGGGCUCUUGCUGGGUCGCCGUCAAGCCCAUCCCCGGCGCCCUCAUCGUCAACAUCGGCGACCUCUUCCAGGCGUGGAGCAACAACAGAUACAGGAGCGUGGAGCACAGGGUGAUGACGAACGCGACGACGGAGAGGUACUCCGUCGCCUACUUCCUCUGCCCGUCGUACGACUCGCCCAUCGGCACGUGCAGCGACCCUUCCCCGUACAGGGCCUUCACCUUCGGGGAGUACAGGAGAAGGGUGCAGGAGGACGUCAAGAAGACGGGGAAGAAGACCGGCCUCCGCAAUUUCCUCGUUUGAUAGAUUACUUGUGCUUCUGGCCGGUUCAUGUUCGUUCUGUGCUCUGUGUACAUCAGCAAAUGUACGAUCGUUAAUGAUUAUUAAGGGGUGUAGUAAAUUAGUUAAUUAUUAGUUUAUUUUAGCUUAGUUUGACAGUGUACUAGUACGUAGGAAUAGG